AUGUCGCAGUCUUCAUUGUACGUUUCAAAUUUUCCUGACGGAACAACACUAGAUGAUUUAGUAAUUUAUUUCCAAUCAAAAAGAUAUUCUGGUGGCGGCGAUGUCGAUUUUGACGCUUCCAAGGUAGAUGGCAACAACGCUGUUAUAGUCUUUGAGAGAAACGAAGAUCUUCAAAAUGUACUUCAAAGACAUCAUAAAAUAAAUGGCUGCGAACUAGAAGUAUCAUCAAAGCAAUCCAGACCACUGCCCAAGCAACGUUCACCAUCGACAGAAAAGGCUCGACUUGGCGAAGUUCGAUCAAUAAUUGUUCGUGGAUUUUGCUCUGAUAUAACAGAUGAUACAAUAAGGCUUUUUUUUGAAAGUGAAAUGCGAUCAGAAGGAGGAGAAAUUGAAAAAUUUGAGCGGCGUCAACAGGAUGUUGCUUUUAUCACGUUCAAAAGUGCAGAAGUGGCAGCAAGAGUAUUAGCCAAACAGAAACUAGAACUGUGUGGCUACUUGCUGCAAAUGAAAGGUGAACAACCUGAAUUAUAUCUUUCACGAGAUAAAAGAAAACUUUUCGUCGAAAACAUCGACCCAAGAACUCACAAGGAUGGAUUGACAUUUUAUAUGGAAGCAUUGACAAGCGUUCCGGUGCAAGACAUUUGGAUGGGUAACGAGGGCAAAGCUAUUGUUUUUUUUCAUAGAGAUUUAGAAAACGAAAAGGUAAUAAAGAAAAAUAGGAAAUUAGAUGGAGCAGCUUUGAGAAUUUCCUUUCCACCUGUUUGCAACAGUGUUUUGGUGAGAGGACUUUCUUCAAACACAGCAAAAGAUACGAUUGAGAUGUAUUUUGAGAGAGAACAGAACGGUGGUGGAAAGAUCUAUGGUGACAUAAUACAUCAAAAAGAUAAAGGAAUUGCUGUUGUUUCGUUUUGUGAUCCAGAUGUUUUAGAUAAGUUGAUUUCAAAGAACCAUCGACUAGAUAACUUUGAUUUAACGUUGCAUAAACAUUAUCAGUUUAUGGAGAAAAUAGAAGAAAUCAACAUGGAGAAAGUUAACUCAUGUUUUCCCGUGAUUCAGCAUGUAAUCAAGUUUCACAAACAAGAAUUUUCUGACGCAUUUGGCAUUGAGUUGUGUGAAAAGCUUCAAGAAAACGGUGGCAAUAACUUGAUGUUGCCUGAGAAUAUUGCAAAAAGAGUCAAGGCAUUCUUAAAAGAUUUUGUCGUAGAACACAUAAAGAUAUGCGAUAAAACUUUAGAAAAAUUUCAAGACAAGUUAAAAGAUUUAAUAAUGAAACUUGAAUACGUCAAAAUUACGGCCGAGCUGGAUUAUGACGCCUUGCAAGUAAAAGUUGUCGCACGCGCUUGUGAAAUUGAGAAAGUUUGCGAACAAUUUCGAAAUGAAAUAGCCAAGAUGGAAAAAGUAUCAGAAGGAUUAUUCAGGUUGGAAUUACAAGACAUUCCAAGAAAAAAAAGAGAAUUUCUCAUUCAACAAGGUUUCAAUGAAACAUUGACAGAACAUCACAACGUCAUUGUAACUAUUGACGAUCAAAAACACACGCUUAAUGUACAAGGAGAUCUAGACCAAAUUUUAAAUGCUGAAAAGGAAAUUCUUGCUCAAAUUGCUCAGAUAGUCGACGAAACAGUAGAUGUAAGCGAUGCAAGAUAUGAUUACUUAACAUCUGGUGGACUUACGAUUUUGAACACUGGACUGAAAAUGAAAGCAUUGAAAGCAAUGGCAUAUCUUAAACAAGCAAAGAAAAAUCAAGUCAACAUUCUCUUUAUUGAUGUGGGAACAGUCAACAGCGUAACCACUUUCAUGAAUGAAAUAAUGUUUGAAAAACAGAUUCAUGUCGAGGAAGACAGUUACGCUGUUCUAAAAAGUAGCAAAUGGAAGGAUUUUUCAGAAAACUUGAUGUUGGAGACUGAUGUCAAAUUGAGGUUUGAAAAGAAUGAUCCACCUGCGAUUUCACUAAUAGGUAAGAAAUCUUGUGUCAUAGAAGCCAGCCACUCGGUGAACGAGUUCAUAAAACGAAACACUAUUGUCCAGCAAUGCAUUGAUACAACGGAAGGUUAUUUAAAAUAUUUAUCAAAGUUUCAUUCCAAAGAAAUUGGAGAAGCUGAAAGGGAAUUCUCGUUGACCAUAGCACUAAACCAGGAGACAUCAACAAUUGUAGUACAAGGUACAAAAGAAGGCGUUAAAAGAGCAAUAAGUGUGAUAGAAAAGGUGUUGGUCAAUGUUGUAAAAGACAACAUUUGCAUUGAAAAGCCAGAUAUGCAGGAGUAUGUUUUGUCUGAUGAAGGAAAAAACUUUAUUAAAGAUAUUGAAAUAAAAAAGAAAUGCCUAAUCUCUGUCUCCGUUGAUCAAGAUGACAGCCCAAAUCCUGAGAUCAGUGAAUUCCAACCAAAUUCAAAGCUGCUCUGCUCGUACAAAAUGAAAGAUAAAAAUGUGAGCUUGAAAUUGAUAAAAGCAGACAUUACAGCUUAUCAUUGCGACAUCAUUGUGAAUGAUGCAAACGAAACCUUACAACAUGUCGGUGGUCUCGCAAAAUCGGUUCUUGAAGUUGGAGGAUAUGAGAUUCAGAAAGAAUGCGACGAGCAUGUGAUAAAAGAAGGAAAGUUACGUGAAAGUGAAUGUUUCAAUGGUAUGCCUGGUCGGUUGCCAUGUAAACGGCUUGUUCAUGCAGUAGCUCCUCGUUGGGACAGUCACCAGCUCUUGGAAGUGGCAGCUUUGGCAUUCCUAAAGAUGUUUGUGCAUCAGUUAUGA